AUGAAUGAAAAGCAGGUUUUGAUUUCCGACAUAUGCCGGAUUGCGCCAACCAACCGCUAUGGGUUCGACUCCGCUCGGCUCGACAUCGCAAUCCGUCGCGGCCGGGGGACUUGGACACAAUGGCGAGUCAGGAUGAGGCACGAGUGCUCGUAUUGUACACAGGGUAGGCCUGUCCGGAGAUGCCCCUCUGUAGCCUUCGCACCUCGAUAGCUGACCGCAGGCUUCGCUCCUGCCGACAGUGAGUUGCAGAAUGUUCGACAGCUUGCAAGGUCUUGGCGAGGCGGCUACUGCAUGUUGAUAAAGUUUCCACGAUCAUACAGGAGGGACGAUCGGGAUGCUCAAGACCAAGGAAGGAGGUUAUGCCCCACAUGCUGGCUUUCUUGCUUCCAAGUCCGUUCGGUGCCGUCGGAUCUGGUCUCUUCCGCGAGGGCUCAGGCUGACGAACAAUUGUCUGGGCCCGGUUGAUGGAUUUACAGUCUUCGGUCACAGGCUCGAUUCCACGACCCUCAUCAGGACUCUGUGUUCGCCAACUCGCAGAGCGUCAGCGCCUACUCGUCGUGGCUUUCGACGAAUGGGUCGAAACCGCCGAGUGGAUCGAGCUCACCCCGAUUACCGGGAAUUUCUGCGCCCGGAGAGCAUGAUCUGUUGGCGACGAUGACGGUGCAUACACCCGAAGGCCCUCUCAAUUUACCAUCGCUUGUCACUCCUCGGACGGCUCAAGGCAAGCGGAUCCGUUACGCCAUCUACGAAUACCAGAAAUUGAUCGACAGCUCCGAGGUGGAGCUGUCGGACUAUAUCCGCAUGGCUGGGGACAUUGAAGCCAACUACAAGAUGUUUGAUGCAUUCGUCAUCCUGCACGGCACAGAUACCAUGUCGUACAGCGCGUCAGCCCUCUCGUUCCUCCUCGAAGACCUGGGCAAGACUGUCAUUCUGACGGGUGCCCAGAUCCCCUUGUCCGAGCUGUUCACCGAUGCGAUCGACAACUUGCUCGGCUCCUUGAUCAUCGCGGGGCACUAUCGGAUACCCGAGGUGUGUGUCUUCUUUGACAAUCAUCUACUUCGCGGCAAUCGAUCUGUCAAGGCUUCUUCGGAAGAGUUUGGUGCUUUUGAGAGUGCAAACCUUGCGCCUCUGGCAUCGGUCGGAACGGGAAUCGGUAGGUUGGACGAUAUUCACGCACCGUGAAGAGUGGUGCGUAGGCUAAAUUGGUCGAUAUAUCCACCAGAUGUCGUAUGGAACGAAGUACUCCGGCCGGGCCUGCGACCUUUCAGAGCCCACAAAUCGCUCUCGGCCAAUGUUGGUCAGUCGGACCUGGUUGUUCGCCGCUUGCUGAAGCUCAUUGCUGAUGGUAGAUCCUGCCCCAAAUAGCCACGCUGCGCAUCUUCCCGGGAAUUACUGGGAAAGCGAUUCGCGCCUUCCUUGGCCCCGAGAUCAAGGGGGUUGUGCUCGAGUCUUACGGCGCUGGGAAUGCGCCGCGGCGGGAAGACCUUCUGUCCGCGUUCCGCGAGGCCGCGGAUCGAGGAGUGGUGAUCGUCAACGUGUCGCAAUGCGCAAUCGGGAGUGUAUCAGAGAUCUAUGAGACGGGUCGGGCACUGGUGGCGUCAGUAUUCUGCGGCCGAGCUCUACCUUCUUAGAGACUGACUCGAAACUCUUCCCGUGCAGCGUCGGUAUUGCAGGAGGAGCCGACAUGACGGUCGAAUGUGCACUCGCCAAACUCGCCUACCUGCUUUCCAAACCAGACCUUACGCCAGCUCAAGUGCGAAAACUGAUGGGACAUUCGCUGCGGGGCGAACUGACUGUCCAAUCGCCUGCUCCUACUUACUCCUCGCCCGUACCUGCCGGUGACCGGCUGCGGACCUUAUUCUCCCGCGUCCUCGACUGCUCGGUCCCCGCCAAGGGCGUCACGACCUCACCCUCAACCAAGAGUCACUUGACCUUGCAUUCUACCGCCGAUGAUCCAUUGCCCGAAGACCUUGAUCGACCUUGGCCAGCCAACCUGCGCGAUGCCGAAGCGGCCGAGAAAGCCAUCUUGCCUUACCUUCUUGGUCAAGCAGCCGCUCGGCCGAAUUCCCUACUCGACCAGCUCAUUUCGUCGCUCGAUUACGACGCCUCCUCGUCCGAGAAGGACCGAAAGGAGGUGCCCGUCCCAGGAGCCGCCGUGGCUGUUUCUCCGACCAAAGUCAUCGCCCUCCUCAAUGAACCGUCGACGCCAAUCCUUCAGACCCCGUUACACAUCGCCGUCAUCGCGGGACAAGCGCACAACGUUGAUCUUCUACUAGCAAGCGGUGCCUCGGUCCAUCUUCGCGAUCAACUCUCUCAUUCGGCUCUGUUUUACGCGGCUCGUGCGACCGCAUCGGAAACGACGAACGACUCGAACCUGCUGAGGAUCGUCGAGUCGUUGAGGAAUGCUGGGGCGCACCUCGGAGAAGUCGAAAUAGAACGGGGAGAUGUCGGGGUUGAGAUUGCGAGGGCUUGGAAGAGGGACGAUGGGAUCGCGCGGAAGUUGUGGGAACGCGCUGCCGAUGCACAGGAGUUGCAAAGGGCCGAGGCCGCUUUGAGAAAGUUCGUGGAGUAG